AUGCGCAUACCACCGUUCUGGCCGGAGCGACUAGAGAUCUGGUUCAACCAAAUCGAGGCACAAUUCACGCUAAGCGGCAUCACAGCAGACAAUACCAAAUUUUCGGAAAAUAAGAAAAUGCUGAGACUUUUCGAGCAGGAGGAAAUCGGCGACCGAACACCGUCCCAGCUCCUGCGGCACAUGCAGAGUCUGGCCGGAAAAACGAUGACUGACAGCUGCCUUAAGACACUGUGGGCCAACAGGCUGCCAGCGAUGGCGAAAGCCAUCAUCAGUUCGCAAAUCGGCCUACCACUCGACGUGCUGGCGGACAUAGCGGACCGAAUCCACGAAGGAGCAGCCGACAACCAAGUGGCCAGCGUCUCGACGGCGCGGAAGGAUCCGCUCUACAGGUUGGAUCAAAUGGAGGCGCGGAUAGCGGAACUGUACCGGUCGCGUCCGCCGAAGAGAUCCGACCAGCCUAAUUACCGUGGUCGUUCGAAAUCGAAAGAGCGGCGUCGGAGCGCGUCCCCCCAGGAACAGGGACCACUGCUGGUACCACCAGGUGUUCAGGGCGCAAUCAACCAAAUGCAGGCCGCCGUGCGCAUACAGCGCGGGAAACGCACGGGCACACUGAAUGCGGCGAUCAGUGAUGUGCCAAAAACUUGCCGCCUUUUCGUACGAGAGAGGACAUGGAACGAGGAGUAUCUAAUAAACACCAGAUCGGACCUCUGCGUGUACCCUCGAUCGUACAUAAAGGGUCGCCUGGACAAAGCAAAGUACGAGCAGUUUGCUGCCAACGGGUCCAUCAUCAGUACAUACGGACUGAAGCCGACGAACCUCGACCUGGGACUGCGACGGAACUUCACAUGGAGAUUCGUCAUCGCAGACGUGUCGAAACCCAUAAUCGGGGCCGAUUUCCUGACACACUACGGACUGCUGGUGGACCUCAAAGGCAGGCGACUUUUGGACGAGACCACGACGCUGACGACCACCGGGAGAAUCGCCACGACGGAGACGCAGUUCGACAAGGCGAUAAUGGGGAGUUUGCCGUACCAGCAGCUUCUGGCGGAAUUCUCGAUCCUGCUGCGUUACAUAAGGAACGGCAGGUAA